AUGGUCCGCCAUAAGAAAGACGGGGCCUCUUCCAAGUCCAAAAAAUUCUCCACCAGAUCGCGGCACACCCCUCGCGCCACACGAGAAGGGGGCGACGAUGAUGCCCCUCCUGAACGUCUGCCUUUCAAAGCAGCAUGCUGGGAUUUCGGUCAUUGCGAUGCAAAACGCUGCAGCGGCAAGAGACUCAUGCACUUUGGUAUGAUGCGAGAGCUGGCGGUGGGUCAGAAGUUCCCUGGAGUGGUCAUAUCGCCCAACGCGAAGCAGCUCUUGUCACCGGCAGAUCGAGAAUUACUCGAACAGCACGGCGCCGCGGUGGUGGAAUGUUCGUGGGUCAGGGUGCAAGAAGUUCCCUUCUCACGGAUAGGCGGGAAAUGCGAGCGGCUUCUGCCCUAUCUUGUGGCCGCCAACCCCGUCAACUAUGGGAGGCCAUGGAGACUAAAUUGUGUCGAAGCCCUGGCAGCCUGCUUUUGCAUUUGCGGGCAUGACGACUGGGCCGAGAUCAUUUUACAGCAUUUCCCCUACGGCAAACCGUUUCUCGAAAUCAACUCCCAGCUCUUCAAGCGGUACGCCGCCUGUGAGAAUGAAGAGGAGAUGAAGAAGGCCGAAGAGAGGUGGCUCGCCAAGCUGGAGAAAGAAUACGCCGAUAGUCGACUCAACAAGGAUGCCGCUGGCGGAGAAGAUGACUGGGCCGGUGGGAAUAUGAACAGGAGAGAGGUAUAUGAAUCUGACGACGAAGACGGCGAGGGAGAUCAAGACUCAGAUGAUGAUGCAGAUAAUGAGCACGGCCCCCUCCAGCAAGGCGUAUCAUUGGAACUGCCCCCUGAGGAAGAAGAUGAGGACGAAGAGGCAGAGAUGGCUGAGAUCCGCCGUAAGAUCCUCGCCUCCAAGCCAUUCACCGACAAUUUCCCUGCAGAACCACCAAAAAAGGCACCCCAGCCGGGUAUCAGCAAAAGCGAUACAAAGACACCACUUCCAUCGGAAGAACAGGCACAGCCGCCUCUACAGCUUGUUGACUCAGACGCAGAGUCAGGCUCUGCCGAGGACGACUACGAUGACUUUGAUCAAAUCGCAAACGCGACGCCAGUAACUGACCGCACAGGGAUAGUGGCACGUGAGAGACAGAAGAAGCUCGAACAAGCAAGUGCAUCGUUCUCCCGUACGCAGCUCUCUGCACCAAAGAGGUGGUAA